AUGUUUAUAAGAAUUCUUCUAACCUCGUCCUUACUCGCCUUAUGUCACGUGGCUGUGACGUCAAGUCAGGACGAGUCUCCAAUCAAUCCUAGCACUGUCAUGGCCAUUGCUAACAAAGUCAGCGUCAAGAAGACGCCAAGUCGGCGGACCCAGAGUAGAACGUCGUCAGUGAGCCGAACAGAAUUGCGGAAAAUUGGUCAAAACGCGGAGAGAUCAGUUGCACAGUUUGCGGACGAUGUUGGGCCUCGUCCCCCGAAUCUGCCUGAUACGUUCCCAUUUAAUCCUCAGUUGUUACUAAAUAAUGAGGCUAAGUUAAUUGGCAAAGCGGGAUUCGCGCACGACGGCGCAUCUAAGGUUCUCCAACCACGACUUGGUGCCGGUGAACGCUCCGAUCCACAGGGAUUUCCCGGUACUAAUAAUGCAAUAAACUGUCCAUUCUCAAAACCAGUGACGUGCAAUCCACGUGCUAAGUACAGGACUAUUACUGGUCUCUGUAAUAAUCUGCAGCAUCCCCGUUUUGGGAGUUCCAAUACACCGUUCGAGAGAAGCCUACCUUCUGUCUACAAUGACGGUCUGUCUGAACCUCGUUCCCGUAGCGUGCAGGGCGGUAACCUUCCUCUUCCUCGUGUGAUCAGCACCACGAUACACCAAGCGAGCAGAGUGAGGACACUAGAUAUGAGGUUCACACAGAUCACCAUGGAGUUUGGUCAGUUCGUCAGCCAUGACACCGAGAGAACGGCCCUUAGUCAAGAACCUAAUGGGUCAGAGUUGAUCUGUUGUGACAGACUCACUCCAAGACGGAGAAGACUUGGCUGCUUUCCAAUAGAGAUUCCUCAGAACGACCCUUUCUUCCGUCGAUUCCAGCGCACGUGCAUGGAGUUUGCACGAGCUUUGCCUUCCCCACCUCUGAACUGUCGAUUGGGUCCUCGACAGCAACUGAAUCAGGAAACAGCGUACCUGGACGGUUCGGCGAUAUACGGCAGCUCCGAGAAACUGGCCAGGGAUCUACGCCUUAGAAGGAACGGUUUGUUGAGGACGACUAAAAGCCAAAACGGAGACCUGCUCUUGCAGGACAGAUCGCUGAGGCCGGCCGAGUGCGAAGCGAAAGGCAAUGAUGUGUGCUUUAAGGCAGGUGACCCCCGGGUGAAUCAGCAGCCUGCCCUCAUGAGCAUGCACACACUCUGGCUAAGAGAACAUAACCGGGUGGCCCGCCAGUUGAAACGACUCAACCCGAGAUGGAAGGACGAGAAACUGUACCAAGAGGCCCGCAGAAUCGUCUCCGCCGAGUUCCAGCACGUGGUCUAUGACGAGUUCCUGCCCGUCAUCGUUGGCAAAGAACUCGCUAAAGCUUUCGAUUUUCCGGCCAAGAAACACGGAUACAACAGCGAAUACGGCCCUUACAUCAACGCCCAAAUCACUUCUUCGUUUUCCGCGGCCGGGUACCGAUUCGGUCACAGCCUGGUUCAAAGAUUUUUUGCCAAAAACCUAAAGUUUCAAGACCAUUUUCUCCGACCAGAAACUCUUUAUGAUAGAUCCAAGGGUCCAAGUUUUGUCAUCAAGGCUCUAUUUAGCAAAAAACAGCAGAAAUGCGACCGUUUGAUCAGUGAGCAGCUCACCAACACCUUGUUUGCCAAAGUUCCCGGCACUGGCAUUGAUUUGGCCGCAACCAAUAUCCAGAGAGGGCGUGAUUUCGGGAUACCCUCUUACAAUGCUUUCCGGGUUUGGUGUGGACUCUCGAGGGUCCUAAACUUUGGUAGAGGUCGUUUUGGUUUGGUACACCACAACCGCCGGGCUGCCCGCCUCCUGGAAAAAGCCUACAGUCAUGUGGACGACAUUGACCUAUGGACAGGCGCCGUUUCGGAGAAGGUGAUCAGAGGCGCAGUCGUCGGCCCAACCAUUGCUUGUAUCGUCAGCAGACAAUUCUUCCUUCUCAAGAAAGGAGACAGAUUCUUCUACGAGAAUAACGAUCAAUAUGCCAAAUUCUCCUUGGGACAACUAGACCAGAUUCGAAAAGCUUCCUUCGCACGAAUCAUCUGUGAUAACACGGAUACAAAUUCUGUGCAGAGAGAGGUGUUCCGUGUUCAAGAUAGGAAGUGA